CCCAGGUAAAAACUGCAGUUUGCUGCAGGAAAUGGAUGUCAUCCAGAAGGAGGAUGAAAACUGUUACUGCUAUGUGCAAAACAGAACUCUUCACUUACAGUACCUGUGGUCGACUCUCCAGAUAAAAGUUAGCAGCAGAGAAAAGUUCCAGUUUGAGCCUAUUUCAGAAAAAAACAACUGUCGGAACUCAGAGACUGUCUUUGAGUUUGCUGCAUGUGCUGUUCAAAUACUCUGGAAACCAGAGACGUGUACAGAAACUUUUCUGAGCAUAAAACAAUACGGAGAGGAUGUCUGUUUCAAAAUACAGCCCUUCAAAAUUGAACCGUACAUUGUGAGGGUGAAAAGAGAAAUGCUAGAUGGAAAGCUCUUGUUUUUGUUUGUAGCUGGAAUUUUUCUGUUCCAUUUUGCAAACAACCUGAGCAGGAGUGCCAAGUUCUUUUACCUUUCUGGAAUAAUACUGGGUGUUCUUGCUCUGCUAGUCUUUGUCCUGUUGACACUUAAAAGGUUUAUUCCAAGGCACAGUACAUUCUGGAUUUUAAUGAGUGGCUCCUGCAUGGUCUCUCUCUAUUUAAUUUACUGCUUCAAUGAGAAUAUGCAGUGGUUGUGGUCUGAACACAAAAACUACCUGUUAGGGUAUUUUCUGGCUGUUGGGAUUACCAGCUUUGCCAUUUGCUAUCAGCAUGGGCCACUGACCACAGAGCUCAGCAUCAAAUUGCUCACAUGGAUGCUCCAAUUAACAGCCUUUGUCCUGAUCUACUUUGGUGUCACCAUCCCUCAAGUUGCAUAUGCAGUCAUAGCAGUCAGCCUCUGCUCCAAAGGCCUGCGUUACCCCCUGGGUGCUGCCUGUCACAUUGCCAGAAAAAUGAAGCAUCACUUUAAAUCAAAAAAAUUGGUGUUUAAAUACCUUACUGAAGAGGAGUAUCGAGAACAAGGUGAAAGUGAAACUACCAGAGCUCUGGAGGAGCUGCGCUCAUUCUGCAGGAGCCCUGACUUCCCAUCAUGGAUAGCUGUAUCCAAACUCCAGGCUCCACACAAGUUUGCAGCUUUUGUUCUGGGAUCUCCCCACGUCUCACCUUCAGAAGCAAAGGCGCAUGAUGAGCAGUAUGGCAUUGGGAGCUUCUUCCUGGAAGAGCAGCUGUUUGAGACAAGGGCACAGUCUGAGCAAGAUGAGCCAGCCAACUCUGUCCAUGAAGAAGAUGAGGAGAAUGCAAAUGAAAUGCAUACUCAAGUUCCAUUUCCAUAUGCUACUGAGCUGCUCUGAGCUUUGAGAAAUAACAACAAAAAAAAGAGACAGAAAACACACUUGUCCUAGAAAGGGAGGAUACAGAACGAGAACUCACACUUGGCCUUUUCUUGUGGUUGCUAUUGGAUGAAGAAGGAUUUUUGAAAAAACUGUUUCCUGUAUCACCGAUGUUACCUGAUUAGAGCAACAGAAGAAAACCACAGGGGCUGUUCAAGUGAAGAGGAAUCUCAUGCUUAUGGGUAUUUUCACCAGGGAAACAAACACUGUGUAUUUCCAGGGCAAGUACUGGAGACAGCCUGUACACCAGGAUGCCUUCUUUUACCAAGGACACUACCUCUAGUAAACAGAGAAUCUGUUUGGGCCCUUUCCAUCAUCAAGUCCUCUGUGCUGAGCACUAGAGGGAGGAAAAGCCAUUUUUUAUACUCUCCUUUUACUAAGUACCCUCUGUCAGCACUGUGCUGUUAAGAGUGUCGAUAAAUUGCGUUCAUUGUUUGUGAGACUUCUCAUAGAGAGUUAAUGCAGCUGAACAAGGUUUGUUUCCCUUUCUGGCUGGGCUUGUCUGUUAGCUUCAUCCUGCCUCUGCCUUUAGUUUUAAGCUCCCCUUGCCCCUCAGAAUGCUGCCUGACUUUUCACCCUCUGCCCAUAUUAUUCUGUUGUUGAUCUCUGCUGUAAUUAUACUGCAUUUUGUUCUUUGUUUAUGUACUUUCUUCCCUCUUUUACAGAUCUACUGCUAAACUUGUCUCUAGCCCUCUGCUUCUCCACCUCUGACAGUGCAGAUGGUUUAGGAGAGAUUUUCCAUCCCCAAACAUUUUUUCUACUGCCUUCAGUUUCAGUGUCAGCUUACCUCAGGCAGGUGCUGCUGUCUAUUCCAGGACUCUCAAGAGCCCCAAAAAGGCCACAAAGGCUGAGGCUGUUUCAGCUGCUUGGAGAAAAUGCUGUUAGCAAGGCCAGGGUGCUGCUGUGAGCCUGGAACUGGGAAUGCAGAUGACCCACACAGAGCUCUACUGGCGUCAGAAUACUCAGUAGUUUGGUCACUGAAUAAGAAGCAGAAAAAUCAUUCCUGGCAAAACAAUGAGGGAAGAUACCUGCCUUUCACCUUCCCUUUCUCACCCAUCUGUGGAACUUCUCACAGGAGAUGUGGGGAGGAAAAAUGGACCAGGGAGAGAAAUUUAGGCAGUCAUGGGUCUUUCAGCUUACCUAUUACACAGUCCUAAGCUAGGGAGUAGUGUGUACCUCAGUUCAUCCACCUGCAGAUGUCAUUUCUUUCUGCAGACUAUCCGUCCCUAUAUAUAUUGUUCUGUUCUCACUUUGCUGUUUUCCUUUACUGUCUAACUUCAGGAAACAAAAGCCCAUUAAUUCUGUCACUGUCUGAUCUUACAAACCCUCCAGGAACUGUCAGCAAUGGGGAGCAGUUGGUGCUCAAGAAGGGCAUGUCAGACUGGGAUCUAUUUGUUCGUUGUAACAUGGCUGGUGGUGCAGCGUGUCUUCAGCAGUGCAGGUGCUGUCCUGGGUUCUCCUUGUCCAUUGCUGCACCAGGGACAAAACCCGUUACCUCCAAUGGUGCUAUGAAGUGUGGCCAUACCAUAGUCCAAGAGCUCCUCUCUGUAACAAAGGACUCAGAGUUGGUGCUUUAAAGCCUUACUGACAUGGUCUUUCCUCCUUUAUAUUGCUUCAGUUUAAAAGGAACACUUCCAUUUUACAGUAAAGAGACAGUUAACACCCUUUAGUGCCAUACAACUUUAAGUACCUAUGCAGAAUCUAAGGCACGUUUAGCAGAGAAAAGCCACGUCAAGCAGGUGAUCCAAAAUGCACUCGCUGUUAAGUCAAGAACAUUCAAAAACAGAGCAAGAGUACUGUUUAGGAAGGCCACUAGCAGCAAGACUCACCCCUGAGAGAGGCUGCUGCUACCAGAUCCACAGCUAAAUUGCUACUCACACUCUGGAAGUCAGGUUUGGCUUGGGGGGCUCUGGCACUAGCAACAAGCAAUUGUGAAAACAGAGAAAAGCCUCAUUAUCUUGGACGGUUUGGGAGAAGGGUAGAAACUCCCCCUGAACAAUUACCACAGACCAAAUCAGAUUUGGUCUUUAUUUAACCUUUGUGUCACCAGCAUGAAAAUAGAGUACUUAAAAUCAUUACAGAUUAGGCAAAGGAUACUCAAAGAGAUGUCUUAAUAUUUUUUGCAUUUUUUAAAGUACACAGGGUUUUUUUCAGUGUACUGCAUAGUUAGCCAAGAACUCCCAUCCAAGCAGUUUGAGGCCAAGGAAGAGAAUCAGAUUUGUCUGAGCUUAAAAACACAGUUUUUCUGGAUGUCUUCUCUUUAGUGAGGUAGUGGUGAUCACCCUUCCAUAACAUGGAGGUAUGUAAGUACAUGUAUGUACUAUGUAAGUACAUAAUAUGUGUUUACAUACAAUAGCCCAGAUUAUGCAUUAAGGUAGUAUUUUACCUAAGCAAUAUAUUAAAUAGAAAAGCACCCCUCCCACUUUAGGUAAUUACACGUUUUAGAAGAAUACCAGGUACUAUACCUACUUCAACAAGGAAAAAAGUUAAAAAGCAAUAAGAAUUAAAUAAUCAACUCACGCUGUGUAUAGUUGUGAGAUCCAUCACUUGGCAGGGAUGUGUAAAUACUAUCCAAAGUGGAAUGCAUGUAAAACAGAAUGGCAGUAGAAAUACGAUGGCUACCUUAGUGGUUAGAUAGUAGUGACCUUAAAAAUCCUCCCAAGCCCGUUCCAACAUUGGAAGGGUUUCAUAAACAAAACCCACCAAAACCAGCUGCUGUCACUGGAGCCCUGUUCACUUGCACAGUGCUCCUGUGAUAUGUGGAGAUGACACAGCCUUACUGAGACACAAUUGUUAAGUACUGUUCACUGUUCAGUCAGAAAAUCUAGCAACAGAAUCUAGGCACUAAUCCAUUGCUCUAACUCUUACAAAAGCCUUUCUUCCUUAACAAAGGAUGUUACAUUUUUCUCUGUUCUCCGUGGUGUUCACAGUUAUGCCCUGCACUCUUCCCUAUCGAUCAGUUUACAGUACACAUUGGUUUGUGUCCCUUACAUUCCCUGCACCCCACAGAAGGGAAUUGGUGCCUACAGUCAGAUUUUAGUAUCAAAUACUGUUUUAACACAAUGCAAGAGUAGCUCCCAGGCUCUUGGUUCAGCAUGCUCCAGUGAUUUUAAUAAAAGGUCAUUAUCACUAAAUUAUUUUCACUUCAGGUUAUGUUCACUGCUGAUACUAAUAUGAGCAAAUAAAAUAAAAGUUCAUGUUGAUACUAUUAAAUAUGUUAUGGAUAUUUUAUAUUUCUUACCACAGUUUUUACAGUUUCACAAAUAUCAAAAUCCAGGUGUACAUGUCCAUUUUGCAACAUAGAAUGACUAUACAAUUCCAAAAAGAGCAGGCAUUUCAAAUACACAAUUCUGAAGUGUAAACACAGUGUACAAGCUCUUCACUUCACAAUCCAGGUGCUAUGCAGUAGCAGCUGAGGUAACACCAUACAGCAUGAACUCAACAAAUGGUUGGUUAGCCUCAAGAUGAUUUUUAGCAUCCUUCUGUCCUGUCACCUGUUCAGUCUUUAGUUCUCCCCCAAGUUAUACAAACAUACAAUAAAUACAUUUCUGAUUUUAAAGGACACUUAGACAAGUCAUGAGGAUUUAUGUGAGUACAGUACAUUUAAGUUCAAGUGCAAAAAAAGUAACUAGUGGCUAGUCAUUGAUGUUUCUUUUUAUUGUCUAUGGUGUUGGUCCCAGGCACUGCCAGAACGUGGGUUGUUCUAAAAGCACAGCUAAAGCACAGCUAUGGGACACCCCUUCAAGCUAACAGAUGUCAAAGUGGGUAACCCUUUGCACCCCCUUCCCUGCUCAGCUGCUGCCCCCUCCUCUCUCUCCCUGACUCUGGGCUCCUGUUGGCCUUGCCUCUGGCUCAGUGCAGUCCCACUGUGGCACCCUCCCCAUGGAAGGCCUCGCACCUCACACACAUCUCACUUCCAGGAGGGCAGCUGAGCAGUGCUCCCUCAGUCCCAUGGGAGCAGAGUGCCCAGGAUCUCCCAGGAACAAGCUGUUCAUCUAAGAAAAUGGGCCAAAACACUAUCCUGACUAAACCCCUCCGACUCCUCCCUGAGCCCGAGGAUUUCCCUCCAGCAGCAAUUUUCACUAUGCACCAGCACGAGCUGGCAGACAGUAUUUAGAAGCAUAACAAAACAUAAUCCAAAGUCCUCCAGUGUCUUGACAUUGGGCAAAGUAACUUCCUGACAUACUGCAAUUGAGUUACAUUUGCUUCCACCUGAGAAUCUCUCGCUCUACUUGAUUUCUGCAUCCACUAUUUUGCCCCUAUAAUCCUAAACAUUAAGAUUUUUAGGUGAUUCCUCCCUACCCUCCCACCUUCCCUAGGCACUUAAAGCUUACUGUUUUCUUAAUAAAUAACCAUAAUAACUACACUGCAUUAAA